CCGCCCACUCUCGCUAAUGAUUGGUCGGAACGCACGGCGUCUGUGAUGUGAUUGGUUUAGGUUCCGUUAGCGGAAUGAUAGAGCGUCGCGUCGCGUCGCCUGUGCGUGAGAUCAGAAGAGGAGGACGCUGAGGAGAGUUUUGGGCUCGUGUCUCUUCUGAUGUUACACACAAACUCACUUUAUAAACCAGAAAACUUUCUGCGUUCGGGGUUUUUAUAAUUCAUUUAUCAGCUGGAUUUGAUCUUGAGGCAAUGGUUGGCGUUUUUCGGCUCACGGAUGGAUUGCGUCGCGGAUGAAGCGAGAAGCAGGUGCGUUAAUUGAGGAUGAUGAUGAACGCGCUGCUCUUCGUCUCCGUCAGAACAUGAACUUCAGUCCCGUCACACCGAGCUGCCGGAGGGGUUCGUGGAGGUUCGACCGCUGAUGGAUUCAUGAUCUCUGGGAUAUCGAUGAUUCUGCUGGGAUCGGAUGGUUUUAAAGCGCGCGGAGCGUCAGUUCGUGAUCCCUGAAGGCUUCAGCGACACGUAGAGCUCAAGCUGCACCAUGCUGGCGUGUCUGCAGAGACAGAACCAACCGGCCCAACACCAACACAUCACGUGUGCCGCGAAGAUCCUGGACACGCCGCUCAAUCACAAGAGUGAGCAGAUUUCCAUGCGCUACCCAUCCGUGGCCGAGCUGGACGCCUACGCGCAAAGAACAGCCGACAGCCCGCUUUCAAUCAAGAUCUUCCCCACCAACAUCAGGGUCCCACAGCACAAGCAAAUCAACAGGACCGUCAAUGGUCUGGACACCGGCAGCCAGGGCUUGGGCCCGUACUCGCACUCAUACGCCGGCGCCUACCAAGGCUUGCUAGCGAUCGUCAAGACCUCCUCCACAGCCAAAGGUGUGCUAAAGAGUGCCGAUGGAAAACGAACCAAACUAUCCCCUAUCCAAAUGGCGGUGGCUCCGUAUGCGCCGCCCAGCGGGAACAGACACCGGCCGUAUGGCGUUGUAUCUUAUCACAUGAGCCGUCCGUCCAACGUCCAAUCCAGUCCUUCGUUCUUGUCUGCGUCUUGCGCCGACUCCAAUUUCGCUGUGGCGUAUUCUGGAGCCGUUCUGCCCACUCAAAGCGCGGAUGUAGCUGGUUCGGAUUAUUGGCCGCAUUAUCCGCACAUGUAUGGAUCGGGAAACCGCUCGCCUGACAUUUCCUACAGAUCCUACCCUCCCAGUCUAACGAUUCUAGACAAAGUCCCGACGCCCCCCACGAUGCACGGCGAUUUCUCGGUUGGCCAGUUUUUCGCUCCCGCUUGGAAUAGCGUGCUUGCCACGCCGGAUAGCGACUGUUAUAACCCUCAGGAGACGCCUGCAACACGCCUCCAUCCAUACACCCAACAGCCUCCGGCGUUCCUGUGCUGCGGGCCGCAAGGGAAGAGCCUCAGCAGCAGCCUGCAGUCUCUGGAGUGCCUCAUCAGCGAGAUCCACCCGCCUUGCAUCAAGGAGCGCAUGCUGGGACGCGGAUACGAGCCGCACCUUCAGCUGCCUGUGUUGAGAUAGGACGCUUCACUGCAAAACAUUAUUCUCUUAUUUUGUGGUGGCUGUGCUUUAAAAUUAAAUUAUUAUAAUCUUAAUUCAAGCGAUGAAGGAUUCUGAAAGUCUGGCAGUAAUCAGUGUUGAGUUCUACUGUAAGGUUAACCUGUCUGCUUUAAAUGUUUCAAGAUGAUUAACAGUUGAAAACAUUCGUUAGAAAUGUAGAAAAGUAAUCAGUUACAUUACUUUAAUAAAGUAAUUGAAAUAGUCACACUACUUAUUACACUUUAACUUGUAAUCUGUAACUGAUUACAUUUCAAAAGUAACCUUCCCAACCAGUGUUGGGGAGUAACAAUGCAAAAAAAUUAUUCUCUUACUUAGUAUUUUUGUGUUGUUUUCUAGUAUAAAUAUAUCUAAAAAUUCUUGAAUCAAGAUUAAUUUAUUGUACAAGUGAAUAACUUAAGAUAUUAUGUCUUGUUUUCUGUAAAAAAAAAAAAAGUUAGUUUUUGCUUAAAACAAGCAAAAAUAUCUGCCAAAGCGGUAAUAAAAAUCAUCUCGUUUAGCCUUUUAAAUUAAGAUGAUUUUUCUUACCCCACUGGCAGACAUUAACAAUUUUUAUAAUUUUUUUUUUUUAAGAAAACAAGACUUAAUAUCUUAAAUCAUUUUGCUUGUCAAGUAAAUGCAUCUUGAUUCAAAAAUAUUUAUACUAGAAAACAAGACAAAAAUACGAAGUAAGAAAAUAAUUUUUUGCAGUGUUGUGAGAUGGGUAAAGGGUGAAGGCUCUUGCACACUGAGUCCGAAAUUUCGUAUGUGUUUUUCGGUUUAUGCGUAUUUGUCAUCUUUUCCUAUCAAAAUGCUUUGCUACGGAUGCGAAAAUGCAGAAAAUCGAACCUAAUCCGAAUCUUAUGACGGACAGAGGAGUGUGUAAACGUGAAUGACACGAUGUGAGGUCGUAUUUAUUUUUUAACGUGCAAAAAAUUUCGGACUCAGUGUGCAAUGACCUUAACGGUAAUCUGCACUGAACUGAAGGGUCGUGUGUUGUUGGAAUUAAGGGACACUGGAUUCUUUUUAAUCAUUAAUGGUACUGUGUUCAUCAAGCUAGGGUCACUUCUCAGAAAUGGUUUGAAGAGAUCGAGAGCUUUUCUGAGGCCUCUUUCAUACAUCAGCUCACGAAAAAAAAAGAAUUCCUAUCAUACACUGCCGUUCAAAAGUUUGGGGUUGUAAUGUUUAUGAAAACAUCUCUUCUGCUCACCAAAGCGGUUUAUUUGAUCAAGAAUACAGUAAAAAUGUGAAAUAUUUUUAUAAUUUAAAACGGCUGUUUUCUAUAUGAAUAUCUGUUGAAAUCAUUCUAAUAUGCAGAUUUGCUGCUCAAGAAACAUUUCUGAUUAUCAAUGUUGAAAACAGUUGUGCUGCACAAUAUUUUUAUGGAAACCGUGAUGCAUCUUAUUUUUCAGGAUUCACAGAUGAAUAGAAAGUUCAAAUGAACAGCAUUUAUUUGAAAUAGAGAUUUCUUUUGUAACGUUAUAAAUGUCUUUACUGUCACUUUUGAUUCAUUUAAUGCAGCUUUGAUGAUUAAAAGUCAUAAUUUCUUUCAGAAAAAAAUAUUGACCCCAAACUUUUGAAUUGUAGUGCAAGUUAAAAAAUGUAAUUAUAAAAACUGUCCUCGUCGUGUUCAAAAGCCAAACCCCAAAACAUCAAAUGUUUUUUAGCAAACCAUGUUCAUGUUGCUUUUUUAAAGGCUGCAUUGCAAAAGAUUGUAAUAAAUAUUUUUCUAGUGCAUUCUCACUGUAUUUUGCUAUUAGUUUUACUCUUUCCUGCUGAUAUCAGUCACUGUUCACUGUGAAAACAGCCUCGGUUGUGAAACUCUGAUCCUGUGAGCUGUUUGUGGCAGAAAUGAGCCUGAAACGCUCACAUGUGAUGUGUGAAACAGGCCUGGAUCUCUCUUCAGACCGUUGUGCUGAAGGUGAUUCGGAAGAGCGGGUGAUUCGGAAGCGCAGGUGAUUCGGAAGCGCAGGUGAUUCGGAAGCGCAGGUGAUUCGGAAGCGCAGGUGAUUUGGAAACGCAGGUGAUUCAGUAGCAAACGAUUGCAAAAGAUUCGGAAGUACAGGUGAUUCGGAAGCGCAGGUUCUCACUGAUGACAUGUCCUGAAAGCUGCUGGAGUGUCACUUUAUCAAGUUCUCAGACGUUGAACUUCAGACUCAAACGAUCAGAAUUUACCUUCUCAGACUAGCUGCCAAAAACACGACAGGAAGUGACACGCGUGUGUUUCUCCUGUGCCGUUUACUCCAAUCACUGCAACGUUCACAUUCACCAACUCUCAUAAAAGCCUCCUAAAUGACACUAAAUCCUAACAGUUAUGAUUUUUCCUGUCGUAAAUCAUUGAUGAUGUUUCUGGCAUGAGUCGUUCGUUCACUUAAUUUAAAUGCAAAUUUUUACUCUUAUGUUUGUUGCUGCCAAUAGGAUGACAUUCAUAUUUAUAAGAUUCUUUAUUCUAGUUGUUGUUUUAUCUAAAGCGUUUCAUGUUUGUCCUCAAAUCCUCACAAUCAGAAUGUGAUUCCAGACAGUUUCUGCUGUUCUGAUGAUGAAGAUGAAGAUGAUGAUGAAGUAGUUUUUGAUCUGCUGAUCUUCUAUGAAGCUGUGAUGGAUGGUUUUGGGAUCAUGGAGUCGAGGUCAUAACCUCUCCAUCAAUACCUGUUAUUAAUUACCACAGGAACCCAUUAAUAUCUUAUAUUUUAUUCCUUUUGUUCUAUUUAUUGAUAUUUGAAUCAGGUGUCUUGAAAUCUGAGGUUUUGUCAUGUUCAUGUGUUUUAUUUUGUGUGUGUGUGUGUGUGUGUAACGGCACACUGUGGGCUCGACGUUUAAAAGUGCAAUUAUACUGUCGGCAAACGAGCUUCAGUGAUGAUUUAAUAUGUCUGACUGAAUCUACUUCAAUAAGAUUGUCAAAUAAA